AUGCGGCAGGACGCGGAACAAGCGAAGCGCUGGGCAGAGAACGCCGUACUUGACUUGCAGGCCCAAAGCCGCUUCCUCGAGGCGGACGUGAGCCGCCUGAAGCAGGCGGUGGCCUCUGCCAAAUCGGACCUUGACGCGGAAGUCGCCCGCAUCAAGGAGGAGGCGGAGAACCACGCUGCCGGCAAGGAGGUCCUCACCAAGAGCCGUGACGUGCUCAAGAAGCACUGCAAGCUGUCGAACACCGAGAAGAACUCGGGUACCUGCGGUGAAGCUGAUUCUGCGCUGAACAUAGCCAAUUUGGGUCUGGCGAAGCUUGACAAGUUCCUUGCGACUUACAUCGUGGACUUCACGAAGCUUACCGAGGAGCAGAAGGCAGACGUGGAGAAGACCCUGAAGCUGCAGGGCGACAGUCUCUUUCAAGCCAAUGCGGACUUGAACAGGCGCAAGGAUGAGCUGGCAGAAUUGGCCUCUGAUGUGGUUACUGCCAAGGAGAACAUGAGACUUGCCGGCAAGGCAGAUGAUGCUCUCUCCACAAGUUGUGGGCCAAAGGCCUCAUCGAUGGAGGACACCAUUGCCCGGCGGAAGGAGGAGAUCGAACAGCUAAAGAACGCUGUGAAAGUCCUGGAUGGCGAGGCUUUCGUGUGA